AGCUGUAGCGCCGUCCAGACCGCGAGAAGAUGAGCAAUGGCAAUAGAAAACAAACCUGGGGAGGAAUUUGACACAAUUUUCAGUCGAAACGAUUCCCUGGAGCUCUCCUCUCACCACGAAUACGACACUACACACGCUCGGAUUUUCAAGAUAAUAGUAAUAGGAGACUCAAAUGUGGGGAAGACGUGUUUGACCUACCGGUUCUGCGGGGGCACUUUCCUGAAAAACCCUGAGGCAACUAUCGGGGUCGAUUUCAGAGAGAGGACGCUGGAGCUGGACGGAGAGAGUAUCAAGUUACAGAUUUGGGACACAGCAGGUCAGGAGCGCUUCAGGAAGAGCAUGGUGGAGCACUACUACCGCAGCGUCCACGCUGUCAUCUUUGUGUACGACGUGACCAGCCUUUCUUCCUUCGAGAGCAUCCCUGAGUGGAUUCAGGAGUGUAGCCGGCACUCCGUGGGGCCCCUUGUGCCCCGCAUCAUGGUAGGAAACAAGUGUGACCUGAGGGACCGCCGGGAGGUUCCCACAUCAGCCGCACAGUGUCUCGCUGACAGCUACAACUUCCCACUGUUUGAGACUUCAGCCAAGGACCCAUCUGAAAAGGAAAACGUGGAUGCUAUCUUUCUGACUUUAGCUUACAGACUGAAGAGCCACAAACCCCUGAGACUAAAGCAACCCAGUGAGAGCAAUUUGAGGCAAAUGUGGAACCAGAGAGAGCGGGAAGCAGCAACUUGUCAAUGCUGAGGUCACCUACAUCCUCCAUGGAUGUACUUGGAUUAUUUAAUACUAUAAUGGCAGUCCUUCAGGAGUGCGCUGAGAAAAGCAGAUUUCAACAACACGAGGCUUAAAAUUUACAAAGCACUCUCAAAUCAGUUAGCUAGAAAUGAUAGAAGCUUGGUAAGAUUUUACAAUUUUCCCUGCCUGGUAUGAGGCACAGCUAAAUUAAAUAAACAAGUCCGUAAAAUGCAUGAAUGCAUAUGGAGGUAUGCUGAGUAUUUGUAGCCCAAACUGCACUUCGAUCGCCGAGUCUGCAAACUGAAGAUUGCAGAGCGCACUUUAGUGGAUGCAUGAUCAUAAAUGAUAUGCAGCCGUCGCCAGUACAGCAACAUUACUGCACUACAAUGUAUCUGCAGCUCUCAAUGCAAUUAAAAGACAAACUUAAUGAAGAGAAAAUUUGAUUU